AUGCCACCAUCCGGAGACAAGCAAAUCCACCAUCUUCUGCCAUAUCUAUCUCAACCCGGUCAAAUUUUCAAGUUUGACGACGACGAUAAUAUAUCGGUCUUUCUUGGUGAAAUAUCUGAUCCGAACUCCCCCGAGACCUCCCUUGAACGAAUGCAGGCCGAAAAUUAUCCCAAGAAAAUAGCGCAGGAUAAGAAUUUGCAAAAAGAAAUUUGCGUUGCCCGCGACGAAAGCGCCAAGAUUUUCAUGGUGGCCGAGAAGAAUCACUACUAUCAAAUUGAAUCCACCGAGAAAGAGUUGCCACACGAUAUACAAUUUGGGUACACUGAGGAUAUCGAUUUGGUUCUUAUUGAUAGCCUGGACGAGAGGGACCAAGCGCAAGAUGGAUGGUUGAACCCACGCCCUAUCAAAGGAGCAAACUUAGUUCCGAGUCUUGGGAAAAGUUCAACGAAUGCGAUAUUCUUGGAAUGUUGA